AUGGGUGAAACCAUUGAAGUUGGACACCUCCACAAGGCCUUGACCCCGGGCACUCCCUACGUCGCCUACGUCCGCGCCACCUCCGUGGUGGGCGACGCCAAGGGCUGGGGCGUGGCCAGUGCUCCGGAGAUUGCACCGCCAGACUAUCCAAGCCAACCCGAGAAACCCACCUCGCCUUGGCAGUGGCCCACGGCAUUGGAGGUGCACUGGACCGCUCCGUGGCUUCGUGGAUCGGAGCUGGAAAGCUGUGAGUUCGUCUAUUCUCUCGACCCCGACUGCCGCGAGUUGACGAAGGUGCCGCACGAGGUGGCGCAUAAAUCUUUCGAGGAGCGCCAGAUCCAUGUGGAAGACCUUGAGUAUGCCACGACUUACUACUUCAAGGUCCGCAUCAAGAACGGUGUGGGUUGGUCGUUCUGGAGUGAGGUCUCGGAGGGCUUCAUGACGGGAGCGUGCAGGCCAGCGCCUCCCAAGCGGCCGAUCCUGGAGCAUAUUGACAUGGAACAGCUCGUCUUCCGAUGGAACCUGCCAGACAGCCAUGGCUGUGCGAUCGACAAGUACGAGGUCUUCCUGGCGGACCAAGCUCAGGUGGCCAAAGUCCCUCAGCUCAUUGAAGAUUUGAACCAGUGCGAGACCGAUGAGGAGCAAAAGGAGCUGCUGGAUGCCUUGCCCGUGAGGGAAUUCCAUGGCAUCAAGGUGGAGGAGUUCACCGAUCCGAAAGAGCCGGAUCAUAUCUUUGAAGGGCUCCUGGGUGGCUUGCCCUAUGCCGUGGCAGUCAGGGCACACAAUGUAGAGGGCUGGAGUGAUUGGUCGGAGCCCUUGGACGACAUCGUCUCUCCGUUCGGGCGACCUCAGACGGGGGGCGAGUUCGAGUUCGCACGUUCACCGCACGAGUUCGUGGCGAAACACCGAUCUGGGAAAUGCAGGUGGUCUGCUGAACAACCAUCGUACCCUCGUCCGAACCCACCGCAAAACCACGCCAAAUCGGCUCCAGAAUUCGCCGGAAGUGACUUGGAAUGGAUGAAACCAUCUGAAGCCCCCUUGGUGGCCGGAGUCUGA